AUGGCGACUGCCCUCAUCGGAACCAAGGACAGGCGUUUGCAUCAAUCUACGAUGGUCAAGUCUCGGAUGACCGAGUUAUCGCAUUCUUCCAGAGAUGUGAUUAAUCUUGAACUUUCCAUGAGCGCAAAAGAACUCCUUGCUGGAAUACGUUCGCAACUUGACGAGUCUAUGGGUAGAGAAGCGGCUCAUUCUCUCAAAAUCACGACAGUGUUGAACAUCUGUUGGAUUAUCGCAGUUCGCUGCUUCUCUCCCACCCAAUUCAUCUAUCUUGACCUUCAUUCCGAAUAUGGGUUUUGCCAUAUCAGCGACUCAUGUCAGCCGAGACAAAGUACUCCGUUGCUUGAAAUGAAUGCCGACAAAACAGUUGCCGAUCUACUACGAGACUACCGUCUCAUUGAGGCCAAUAUCAAUCCUAAUCGAUUGGCAGGGGUCAGUUUCACCCCCGACAGCCAAGGAUUUUUGAAAUCGGCUGUCUGCCAUGUUGACAGUGCUUCUAUGGCCAAACGUGAAUUGGCCUUUUCAACUUCAAAUUGCAUUGACACAAAGCUCAUUCUCCGAAUCUCGCAUGAAGAUGACAAGCUUCAAGCUCACCUUGCUUUCUUAUCUUCGGAUAUCUCCAAGGCCCUUGCGAACACCAUACUGCAAACUUUCAACAUCACAUUAGAGGCACACUAUACCCGGGAUGUUUCCGAGUACAAUGAAGUCCUUCUCCACGAUAUGGCCUUGGAACAUGCUAUUACACAUCCUAAUGAUCUUGCCAUCUGUUCUUGGGACGGUAACCUCACCUAUGCCGAACUGGACAAUUUGACAUCUAGACUAGCGUGGCACCUCGCUGAUAUGGGAGUCGGGCCUGAGACCGUUGUCAUUAGCUGUUUCGAAAAAUCUACAUGGGCAAUUGUCAGCCGUCUGGCAAUCCUCAAAUCUGGUGGAGCCUACGUUUCCAUUGACGCGACAGAUCCGCCUAUCUUCUUGAAGGAUGUCAUCAAUCGAGUCGACGCAAAGAUUAUACUUACUUCUCCGGCCUAUCAGUCCCGAUACUCCUCUAUGGUCUCAAAUGUGAUCAGUAUCACACUAGAAAUGCUACAUAGACUGCGAUUCUUACCCGGCAUCGUGUGUCCUUUGGUCACUCCUCGAAAUGCGUGUCUUAUUCUCUUUACCUCUGGGAGCACAGGUCAGCCGAAAGGAAUCAUCCAAGAGCAUCGAUCAUAUGCGACUGCCAUAAAGGACUACAACCGAGUUCUACAACUAGGUCGCCAUAGCCGUGUCUUUCAGUUCGAUGACUAUGCCUUUGACAUCAGUAAUAACGAUUAUUUGACAACGCUAGUGGCGGGUGGAUGUUGCUGCGUUCCAACCCCAGAUAAAGCCGUGUCAGCUCUGAUUGACAAUUUAAACGCCCUCAAAGCCAAUACCACCUUCUUAACACCCACGGUCGCUGCCAAAUUUUCUCCUCAAGAUGUUCCUUCCUUGAACCUCGUCUGUAUUGGUGGUGAGUCAGUGUCAGACGACCUAUUAAUGAGAUGGAAGCCCCAUGUGAAAUUGGUCAAUCAGUACGGCAUGGGCGAAGCCGCUACUUUUUGUGCGUAUAAUGACCACCUGGAGGUUGGAAAAAGCGCAAUCGUUGGACGCAGUGGCAGCGGUGCUAUCUGGAUCGCCAGUCCUGCAUCACCCGAAGUGCCCGUGCCUGUCGGUGCAGUGGGGGAAAUACUGAUCGAAGGCCCCCAUCUUGCCCGUGGUUAUCUCGAUCAGGUCUGCCAGAAGCCUGGCCUUGGGUUUCUCAAGUCUACACCGGCAUGGAUCGCCCAGCUUCAUCCCUCCCGUGCGAGAACAUCGCGAAUUUAUCGGAGUGGCGAUCUGGGACGAUAUUUACACGAUGGGACUGUGGAACAUAUGGGACGCAAAGAUACUAUCCUAAAGUUAGACGGGAAUCGUAUCGAGUGUACCGGAGUGGAGUACGUUUUACGGAGGUUGCUAGGUACAGGAGACGCUACAAUCGUUGAUAUACUGGGCUUGGUCGAAGAGCACAAAAAUCCUGUUCUGGUGGCGUUUGUCUAUCGUUCCGGCCUUACGACGAACCUUAGUGCCACCGAUUCUGACAAUUUGAUUUCUUUUCACCCCAUCAUGGACAGUCAUCCGGUCAGUGAAUUGGUGCAAAAGAUGAAAGCGGAGCUAUCAGCGAAAAUGCCCAUCCAUAUGGUACCUACGCUGUUUAUUCUGGUGAACAAGGUCCCUCGGACGCGGUCCAACAAAACAGACCGUCGCAAGCUACAUCACAUUGCACAAAAGUGGUACUCUUUGAAUUGCAUGAAACUAGGACUUUGGCAGUAA